AUGGAAGAAACUGAUGAACCUCAUCCUCCUGACGAACAACAAGCGAGCUCGACGCAGCAUGACCAGACCAAUGGAUCGCCGCCGCCGCAUGAGCAGAGUCCCGAGCAGAACAAAGAACCGCCAGCAAACACCCCAACUCCACCAUCAUCACCGCCGCCUGCGCAAGCCGCGCCGGCUCCAAAAUCAGAGACUCCGCCUCCAUCAUCUCCGCCGCCUGCUCCGAAAGCUUCUCCACCUCCUAAAGCUGCACCGCCUCCGUCAUCUCCGCCACCAUCAUCUCCUCCGCCUGCAUCACCGCCGCCGUCUUCUCCACCUCCAAAUUCACCACCACCGUCUUCUCCACCACCAAAGGCACCCACCCCUUCUCCUCCUCCCCACUCGCCACCACCGUCAACAUCAUCAUCAGGAACACCACCUUCAGGAACACCACCUUCUGCUCCAGCUCCUCCUCCUAGUACUACUCCUAAUAAAGCUCCUGCACCAUCCUCCGGUGGUUCGUCAUCUCCAUCACCUCCAACUGAUUCGUCACAACAAGGAGGCUCUCCUCAAUCCCCACCCACUGACUCUCAGUCCCCUCCAGCAUCCCCCCCACCUCCGGCGAACCCUGACGGCACAAUCCCAACCACCAACUCCACCGCCCUAUCUCCUCCUAACGUUCCUAUCCCUCCAACAGUUUCAGGAACCACACCUCAGCCCCCUCCUCUGUCUUCUAAUUCCACCCCCACACUGUCCCCUCCCUCAAACUUAAAUUCAAGUAAGUCUUCAGAGGACACGGGAGGAAGUAGCAGUAGGCAUACGGGCACUGUUGUGGGGUUGACUCUAGCUGGAGUUUUCCUCGUUGCCUUGCUAGCUCUCAUUUUUUUGUUCAUAAGGAGGAGAAAGAAGCAGGCCCAAGUAUAUCCCCCCAAUUACUUGCCUCCCACCCCUGGUCCUCCUGGCAGUAACUUAUCGGGUGGAUAUUAUCUUGCGCAGCAACAGAGUCCUGCAACUUCUGGUCCCACAGAAAGCUUCUAUUCAAGUGGGCCGCCGGGACGUUCUUCUUUAGAUAAUAGCUAUCAAGCGCACAGUGGAGAUUCUGGUCUCAUAGCUGCUACUAAAGUCCAUUUCACGUAUGAAGAGUUAAUGGAGAUAACCAAUGGAUUUUCUCGUCAAAAUGUUCUUGGUGAGGGUGGUUUUGGAUGUGUUUACAAGGGUUGGUUGCCGGAAGGGAGAGUUGUGGCAGUGAAGCAGCUUAAGGCUGGUAGUGGGCAGGGAGAGAAGGAAUUCAGGGCAGAAGUUGAGAUUAUUAGUCGCGUGCAUCAUCGUCACCUGGUCUCGUUGGUGGGAUAUUGCAUCUCUGACAAUCAAAGAUUGCUUAUAUAUGAAUUUGUUCCCAAUAAAACUCUUGAGCACCAUUUGCAUGGUGCCGGAAUGCCGGUGUUGGAAUGGACCAGAAGAAUGAAGAUUGCUUUGGGGUCUGCAAAGGGAUUGGCGUAUUUACAUGAAGAUUGUCAUCCAAAAAUUAUUCACAGAGAUAUUAAAUCAGCAAACAUUCUGUUGGAUGAUGUUUUUGAGGCACAGGUUGCAGACUUUGGGCUUGCCAAACUUACAAACGAUACUAAUACUCACGUUUCGACUCGAGUCAUGGGAACAUUUGGGUACAUGGCACCUGAGUAUGCAUCAAGUGGGAAAUUGACAGACAGAUCAGAUGUGUUCUCAUUUGGAGUUGUGCUUCUAGAGCUUGUAACGGGGCGUAAACCUGUUGACACGAGUCAGCCUCUGGGGGAUGAGAGUUUGGUUGAAUGGGCUCGUCCGAUCCUCCUUAAAGCCCUUGAAACUGGGGACUUGAGUGAAUUGGUGGAUCCUCGGCUUGAGAAGCAUUACGUGGAGGGUGAAAUGAUCAGAAUGAUUGAGGCAGCUGCGGCAUGCGUGCGUCAUUCUGCUCUUAAACGACCAAGGAUGGCUCAGGUGGUGAGAGCAUUGGACUGCGAAGGUGAAUUGUCUGAUCUGUGCAAUGGAGUGAAAGUUGGGCAGAGCACUGCAUAUGACUCUGGGCAGUACAAUGAAGACAUUGUGAGAUUCAGGAGAACGGCAUUAGGCAGCGAAGGCAGCUCAGAGUAUGAAAUGUCAAGCAGAGAGUUCACCACCAGAGAAAUAUCUGGACCCCAAAGUGUAUGGACUCGCCCCGAUUCAAGCGACGAAUCAGAAACUCGAGCCUUUACAACCCGCAGUGGUGAGAAGGGACUUAGCGGCACUCAAGGCAGACACAACUUCUAA